CUAGCACUUUUUGCGUCAUUACUUUUUUCCCUGGUGGGCCAAAUGGUUAACCUCCUGUACACUCAAAAUGUGGUGGGAAAUUAGUUAAAUGUCCUAGGAGUUGGGGUGGGUAACACUUGGGGAAAAGUUCUAGAUUGCAAUUUUCCAACGUUGCUACGAGAAAGUGAUUUUAAUAGUCAAUUUAUAUCUUCCAUAGCAUGCAGCAAUUGCUUGCUAGAAUGCCCAUUGCAUAACCUUUUGUUCCGAUUCUAGUUUACCUUGCUAUGGUGUUUGGUGCUGAUGAAUAGUGCUGUUGUAGGACCAGUGGUAGCAUAGCCAAGAAAAAGCUGAAAAUUCAUAGCAGAAAUAUUGGUUCUCAUGUACGUUUGCAGAAACAUUCAAGAGUUGCAUUACAGAAGGAAUAGUCUAGAUUACCAUCUCUGAAACUUGCCUUUUCUGAAUCCAACUAAUAGCAGGCAGGUAUUGCAGCCGUAGUCAUUCUUUCUCGUGCGCUCAAAAUGGCAAAAUCUCAUAUUCUGCAACGCAUCUUCCAGCUUGAAACAGUAGUACCAGAUUUUGCAUUAUUUUACCUGGGUUUUUGGCCAUGCCUGCAUGAUCUUAGGCAUUAUUAUUGUUCCUGAGAAAUGUGUGGAAAACCAGCAAAAGACCUGAGCAAGGCGGAGAAAAGAUCUCAGUACUCUGCCAAGAAUAAUACUCAAAAUUAGACUACAUUUUCAAAGUAACUCUUGAGUUUUCUUGGUGUAUUAACCUGACGAUCGGAUGGGUCACAAAUACUUCCAAGUGUUUUACAAGUACUUCACGUUUGGGUAAUAAAACAAUGGAACGCAUCUUAAAUUUCAUAACUACUUUGUACCACCGGAGAUGGUCAAGAAAUAUCCUUCCGAGAUAACAAUUAUACAUCUAUAAUCAGACAUUUUGAGAAAAUGACAAAUUUCAAUUAGAUAUACCUAUUUUUGAAGCAGUAAAUUCGGCCCAGAAAAUACACAGUCAAACAUAUGAAGCUGAAAAGAGACAUGGACUUUCUAUUUAAAAUAAUUAAAAUAAAUAGGUUGAGCUUCAUGAAAUGUGUACCAAUUCAUUAAAUUACUUGAAACAUUAAAGAGAACAAUAACCACCAGUUCUUAGCUAAACAAAAACUUAUGAAAUAUUAAGUGUUCUUUUCAUAAGAAAAAUUCUCCAGUCUUCCCAGUCUUUUUUUAAGGAAUUAUCCCGUAAAUUCAACGAUUGAACAAGCAAGCAACUUAACUAAUAUGGUGAACAUAUCUAGUCAGAUGUGAAAAGAAAAGAGUGCGUUGCACAGUUCAUUAGUUACAUCCUGAUCAUAAGCAAGUCCUCACAUGUCUAGUCUUGUAGUCUCCUUUCUUUAUACAGGAUUACAUAAUUUUUAUGAAUUUCUGAAAGCUUGGGUUUCUGUUCAUGACUUCUAUAUAUACCCGUCAACUAUCAUCAAUGUUCAUUGCUUCCAGAGAAUUUUCCUAUGUGAAUUACAUUUGUCGACUACCAGAAGUCUUGAUCGUCUUGCAAAAGACAGACAAAUUUAGCUUUUUAAGUCUUUGAAGAAGAAAGAAGAUGUAUCAAACAGAGACAGAUAACCUAUCUCAAACAAACAUAGAUGAGCUACUUAUGGUGGAAGACAAAGACUUCAUUCUCUCUUGUCUCCCUUGUCAGCUGCGACGGCAGUGUUUUGGUUCAGACCUCUACUUUUCCUCAGCUCGAACCUGAAGAAAUUGCUACCCUUGUUAAUGAGUUUGAUAAACCUGAAGAAUCUCUUGCAUUGACUGGCUUGUACAUCGGUGGCUCCAAAUAUGGGAAAGAAGAUGCGGGAUCAUGGUCAUGAUGACGAGAGUCUCACUGUGAAGAAGAUCAAGCAGGGCUUUAUCAUUGGUGCCUGUGAUUAUAUCCUACCAAUAUGCAACACACUCGUUGAAAAGCUUCAUGAGCUCCUGAGUAUUAAUUACAGAAUGACUAAUAAUAAGUUGAAGAAGAUGAUGUUACGAGAAGACAUAUAUAAGCUACUUAAAGUAUCAGAAACAGAAGUUGCGCGGGCAAUCAAGGACAGCCCUCUCUAUUGUGGUGCCGUCGUCGGCUACGACGGCAGCGUUUGGGUCCAGACGUCCAACUUCCCUAAUCUUGAGGAUGAAGAAAUUACAGCCAUGAUUGACGAGUUUGAUGACCCCGAAGAAUCACUUACUCUGACUGGAUUGUACAUUGGUGGCUCAAAAAUAUGUUGUGAUCCGAUUCGAGGAGGGAGAUGUCAUCAUGGGGAAGGAGCUGGUGAGAAAAGGACUUGCAUAAGAAUGGUAUGUCACUGUAAAGAAGACCAAGCAGGGUUUUAUCAUUGGUGCCUAUGAUGAGAGUCUGCAGAUGUGUAACAUGCUCGUUGAAAGGCUUUGCAAUGUUUUCAUAUCUAUUGGUCUUUAAUCUAUACACAGGCAUUUGUUAGUUCUAACAGUUAAAUUUUAGAAUGCAUUCGCCUGUCUCUCGUCGAAAAGGAUUUGACUAAAGUAACACAAUUAUUGUACUUGUGAUGAAGGAAUAAAACUAAAUAUAUAGCUGAUUUGUUUCUUACA